AUGCGCCCCGUCAGCCUCAUCCCCCUCCUGUCCCUCGCCUCCCAGGCUUGGGCUGCUCCGGCUCCAGCUCCGGCUCCAGCUCCUGGCGACGACGCGGCUACCCAGGACGGAUGGCAGACCGCGCAAUACGACGCCAUCAUCGUCGGUGGCGGACCGGCCGGCCUGGCAGCGCUGAGUGCCUUGGCUCGCGUGAGGAGGAACGUCCUCCUCAUCGACUCGGGCGAGUACCGCAACCAGCCCACGAGACAUAUGCACGACGUGCUCGGCUUUGAUGGCGUCACACCUGCCUACUACCGCUGGGCUGCGCGCGAGCAGCUCUCCUACUAUGACACGGUCUCCUGGACCAACGGCACCGUCUCCGACAUAGAGCCCCGGGAGAACAACACGUACUUCUCUGUCAAAACGGAGGGGUCCUCCACGGCCAUGACCGCGCGGAAGAUUGUCCUCGCAACAGGCCUGCGAGACCUGCUCCCAGACACGCCUGGCAUCAAGGAGAACUGGGGCAGCGGUAUCUUCUGGUGCCCCUGGUGCGAUGGCCACGAGCACAAGGACCAGCAACUCGGCCUGAUUGACGACCUCAACUCGAUUCCCGGCCUAGUCCGCGAAAUGCAGACACUGAACAAGGACAUCGUCGCCUUUGUCAACGGCACAGACUCGCCCGAAACGCGCUUGCUGGCAGACGAGGCGAUGCCCCGCUGGGAAGACUACCUCAAGCUCAAGAAUGUCGCCGUGUACAACCAGACGAUAACCCGGGUGGAGCGUCUUCGGAGUGCCACACCGGGUGACCCGAGUCUGCCCACGUACCCGGAACUUGACCUGUUCCGCGUGCACCUCGAUGACGGCACCACGGUGGAGCGCAGUGCCUUCCUCACAGGCUAUGGCGAUGAGCAACAGUCGGACGUGGGUGAGAAGAUGGGCGUGCGUCUGGAUGGGGGCCGCCUCGCCGCGGAUCCCACCAAGGGUCUGCAGACAAACAUCUUCGGCGUAUACGCCAUUGGCGACGCCAACGCCGACAAUGUGACCAACGUCCCGCACGCCCUAUUUAGUGGAAAGAGGACCGGCGUCUUCCUGCACGUGCAGCUGGAGCGGGAGACGGCCGCGGCCGAGCUGGCGGCUGUUCCCGAGGGCAGCCUUGAUGAGAGGGACUUGGACGGCCAUGAUAUGCAGGCGCUGUGGAACAGGAUGAAUGGCGAGGAGGGCGACAUUCUGUACGUGAGGGAGGCCUUUGAGGAUUCGCUGUGA